AUGACCCAGAACUCACCCAGCAAUUCAUCUGAAUCCAACGACUCCAACCAACCAGAACCUUCAACAGCUAUUCCUAGCAACCUCUACGAAUACAUUUCCAGUCUCGUGUCACCCACAGCAAACACUUCGGCUGAUCCAGACUCUCGAACCUUCUCGUUUGAUUCCAACGAAAUCGAAACCAACAUGGCUGAACCUGCGCCCACUGUCAAUCCAACCUUCACUCAAGACCAGCUCCUCGAACUCCUCAGGGCCGCUGGACGACAACGGGAUGCAUUUCCUACUCUUGAGAAGCCCCGUGUUGGAGGACUCAAUGCGACUGGAGCUUGGACUGGACAUGGUGUCGGCGGAGAAGGAACUUCUCCCAUGAGCGCCCAGUGUAUGAGAGACUUCAAGACGGAUGUGAUCAAGAACCAUCAAGCUCUUUCUCCCAUUGAACUGAAGUGCAAAGAGGGACUGAGUGGCUCACCCGACCUUCUGUUUAGUCUCCCUGGCGAACCAAAUGCGGACAAGGCAGUGCCAUAG